AUCAAAGUGAGAGAUGACGGUUGUUCUCUCCAUCCUCCUCCUGAUGGCUCUAACAGAUGCAGCCACAGGUCUGUUCUGGAGACAACACAUUUAUUACGACAAGCGAUCAAGCUGGAUUGAGGCUCAGACGUUCUGCAAGAACAAUUAUGUAGAUCUAUCAAUUAUUGACACACAAGAGGAAUUUGACAGUUUUGUAGGUCAAACAAGCAGACAUACACAAGACAGUUCCUGGAUUGGACUUACGAGAGGAAAAUCUGAGCGAGAGUUUACACAGUGGUCCGACGGAAGUGCGCUGGGGUUCUCAAAGUGGAAAGAUAAGGAACCUGACAAUCAGAAAGAAGACUGUGUUCAAACUACCAACAAUGAGUGGUCAAAUGAAGAGUGUGAAAAACAAUUUAAAGCCUUCUGCUACUCUUGGGCACCUAAGAUGAUUGUGGUGCAGGAGAUGAUGAACUGGGAGGAGGCUCUGGUGCACUGCAGAACACACUACACUGACCUGGUAAGGCUCACCACGGAGAUAGACCACUUUGUGGUCAACAACAGGAGUAUGGAAAUUCAGACACCCACUUUCUGGACCAGUCUACGAUUCAUGGAUGGCUCAUGGUACUGGGUGAACCAGACGUCUCUGGUGAGUAAUGAGACAUCAUUGCCUUCAUGCCCUGCCAGGCCUUUCCGAUGUGGAGCACGAAACAUUAUAGAUGGUGUCUGGGAGAACAGAGACUGUGAGGAGAAAAUGAACUUCAUUUGUUAUCACGAUAUUUGUAGAACACCCUUCUUAAACGAAGAGGAUCACUGCAAUCAAGACUGGCACAAGACGAUGAAGAAAAGAAGAAUGGAGAUGCUGAGCAGAUUAAUAUCGAAGAAACAGCAUAUAAUAUCAAUUGAAUUAUUAUGUUUGAAUUGUUUAAUACUCAAUACUUACUCCAAUACUACAUUUAAGUGCAAAAUUAUAUUGUUGUGAAUUGUUUUCUUUGUUUGUUAGUAAAUGUUUGUUUAUUCCACUGUAAAGCAUACAUUCGCCUACAGGCACGAUAAUACUAUUUGCUAUAAGAUAUG